AUGAAUCCCGUCCAUGCCGCUCCUACGGAAGUUAUUUUCCCUGUUAAUACUUCUAGCCAAUACCAAGAAUCGUGCAUAUUCCAUUAUGGCUGUGGCCCAGUCAAAUUUGGGUUGCCAAGGAAGAGAGGACGGCCUAAACGUGCGGCAUCUUCGGAAUUAGCAAGAAACGAAACAGAAUGCGGCUCUGAGAUCACAACCGCUAAUCAGCUUGACAAAGUUGACUUCAUUGCCAUAUCAGGUAACUCGAAGCUUGAUGCAAAGUCACGAAAAGUUAUCCGAAGUCGAGUGAUGGUGAACUAUAGGCGUACCCAGCGUCAAGAACGUCUGGGCUACUAUAGUCGCUCUAAGAAUUCAAUACAGCAGAUCCCUGGUGUAGAUCCCUUUAACGCAUUUCCAGUUCGACUGGAGUCAUAUGCGCUCGAACUUUUGAGUUACUAUUCUACAAAUGGCUGGAAAACAUUUUAUUCAAUUGAAAAGCAUAGCGCUUUUAAUCUUAUGACGGAUUACUGGUUUUCGUUAGCUUUCACUGAUGCAGCCUUUUUCCAUACUCUUAUAAGCUGUGCUCAGUCCCAUUUUGAAGAAGAAAUCAACGACAGUCUUUCUAAGACUAUACUUCAUCUGAAUGCAGCGAUUUCAAUUAUUAACGAGCGUCUUAAUACUCCCCAAUAUGUGACAAAUGGAACCUUGAUUGUAGUCGCUACUGUUGCGAUUAUCGAGCUUUGCCAAAUUUAA